UCGAAGUUAGGGACCGGCUGCGGCGCGUGCGCACUGGUCUCACAACCUCGGGGAGGCACGCGGGUAGGUAGGCAGGCGCCCGGAGGAGGGGGUGCGGAGCGUGCUCCCGACCCCCCCACCCCGUGCCCGCGUGCAGUGCAGUGCAGUGCGUGAGGCUGCGGGCGCGAGGCCUAGCUCUUAUGCCCCGCGCUCGAGUGGCCACGCCGCCAGCCCUCCUCCCGCCCCUCCACGAGUUGGGGUGUAGCGGCCGUGCUCCCCUACGUUGGGCGCGUUAGUCGCCACUCGCCUCUGCUUUACUUGUCGCGCCGCUCCCCGUGCCCGCACACCAGCCAGCUCCCCCGCCCGGCCCCCUUCAGAACUGGUCGCUCGCUGCCCCUCCCCGGGACCCCCGUCCCCUCCCCACCCCAGGUCGCCGGCCCCAGCGUUCGCGAGCCGCCCGCUUCCUCCCUGGGGUCCCUGCUUGGGGGCGGAGAAGAUGGCUGGCGGACGUCUGCUGUUGGGGGGCGACUUCCUGUCGCCGCCGCCGCUGCCCCCCCUCCCGCCACCGCCGCUGCCCCCCCUCCCGCCGCCCCCGCCUGAGCCAGUGCUGGAGCAGUGGCGCUACAGCCACGAAAGUGACUGGCAGUGGGCUCUGCGGCGCAGCUUCAUCUGCCGCCACCUGCACAGCUACCCCGGGGCCGCCCUGGACCAGCUCCUCGCGCUCUCCGCCGCCUGGACCAACCACGUCUUCCUGGGCUGCAGAUACAGCCCACACUUGAUGGAAAAAAUUCUUCAGAUGGCCGAAGGUAUUGACAUUGGAGAGAUGCCUUCAUAUGACCUAGUGUUGCCCAAACCUUCCAGAGGCCAAAAGCGCCACCUCUCAGCAUGCGAUGGUCAAAAUCCUCCCAAAAAGCAAACCGGUUCCAAAUACUAUUCGAGACCUCGUUUUGAGCCUGUACACUUUGUAGCUAGUAGUUCAAAAGCGGAGAGACAGGAAGAUCCUUACGGCCCUCAAACAAAAGAGGGAAAUGAACAGACACGGUUUGCCAGAAGAGACAUGUACCAAGACUAUACUCAAGACUCUUUUGGUGUCCAAGAUGGGAAUUCUCAGUACUGUGACUCGGCAGGAUUUAUCCUCACAAAAGACCAGCCCAAAUCAGCCAACAUGUAUUCCGAAGGGAAUCCCGCCCCAAGCAGCACGCCCCAGCAGGUCAACUCUCAGGCAGCUCCUGAGCUAACACCAUCGCAGACAUUCCCUGAGUCAGUGAUAGCCGAGAAGCAGUAUUUUAUUGAGAAACUUACCGAGACCAUUUGGAAGAACCUCUCUAACCCAGAGAUGACUUCCGGAUCCGAUAAGAUCAAUUACACAUACAUGCUAACACGGUGUAUCCAGGCCUGCAAGACAAAUCCCGAGUACAUAUAUGCACCUCUAAAAGAAAUCCCUCCUGCUGACAUCCCCAAAAAUAAAAAACUUCUCACCGAUGGGUAUGCAUGCGAAGUUAGAUGCCAGAAUAUCUACCUGACAACAGGUUAUGCUGGCAGCAAGAAUGGUUCCAGGGAUCGAGCGACUGAGCUCGCCGUAAAACUGUUGCAGAAACGCAUCGAGGUCAGGGUUAUCCGCCGGAAGUUCAAGCACACGUUCGGGGAGGACCUGGUGGUAUGCCAGAUAGGCUCGGUGUCCUAUGACUUCCCGCCAGCUCUGAAGCCACCAGGUGAGCUGGUGGUGCUGACGAAAGAUGCUUCCGGGCAACCCGUCUUCAGCGCUUCUGCCAAACACUGGACCAACUUUGUCCUGACUGAGAACGCCAACGAUGCCAUCGGCAUCCUCAACAACUCGGCCUCCUACAACAAAAUGUCUGUCGAGUACAAAUACGAGAUGAUGCCGAAUCGCACAUGGCGCUGCCGGGUGUUUCUGCAAGACCACUGCUUAGCGGAAGGUUACGGAACCAAAAAAACAAGCAAGCAUGCAGCUGCGGACGAGGCCUUGAAGAUCCUUCAGAAGACGCAGCCCACUUACCCUUCUGUGAAGAGCUCGCAGUGCCAGUCGGGUUCCUCGCCCCGGGGCUCUGGCAAGAAGAAAGACAUCAAGGACCUCGUGGUGUACGAGAACUCUUCCAACCCCGUGUGCACGCUGAACGACACAGCACAGUUCAACCGGAUGACGGUGGAAUACGUCUAUGAGAGGAUGACCGGCCUGCGGUGGAAGUGCAAAGUGAUCCUGGAGAGUGAGGUCAUCGCCGAAGCGGUGGGGGUGAAGAAGAGCGUCAAGUAUGAGGCUGCCGGGGAGGCCGUGAAGACCCUCAAGAAGACCCAGCCGACCGUCAUCAACAACCUGAAGAAAGGGGCGGUCGAAGACGUGAUCUCCCGAAAUGAGAUCCGGGGCCGCUCGGCAGAGGAGGCAUAUAAGCAGCAGAUCAAGGAAGACAACAUUGGCAACCAGCUGCUGAGAAAAAUGGGCUGGACGGGGGGCGGCCUGGGCAAGUCUGGUGAGGGCAUCCGCGAGCCCAUCUCCGUGAAAGAGCAGCACAAGCGGGAAGGCCUGGGCCUCGACGUCGAGAGGGUCAACAGGAUCGCCAAGCGAGACAUCGAGCAGAUCAUCCGCAACUACGCCCGCUCCGAGAGCCACACGGAUCUGACGUUCUCUACAGAACUGACCAAUGAUGAGCGGAAGCAAAUCCACCAGAUUGCCCAGAAGUAUGGCCUGAAGAGUAAGUCGCAUGGAGUAGGCCAUGACAGGUAUCUGGUGGUAGGGAGGAAGAGGCGGAAGGAAGACCUGUUAGAUCAACUCAAGCAGGAAGGCCAGGUGGGCCAUUACGAGCUGGUGAUGCCACAAGCUAAUUGAGCUCGGGGGGCGGAGGGUGGGGGAGUUUAUCUUACAAACGCCCAGGAAAGCAGGCGUCGGAAUCAAAUCAAAUCAGAGCUUAACCAUCCUGAAGAGGCCUCACCUUGUUUGUGUCCUGUAGUGCUCCAUUAGAUAACUGAGCCCUCAAAGUCAUGGUCUCUUGUAUUUAGCUUCACCCAGCAGAUGAUAUUGUGCAGUUACCGUCUUCGUCUUUGAGACUGCUGUGUCCCUUUAAAUUUUUUUUCUUUUUUUAGCAGUUUGUAUAAAGCAAGGAAAACAUAUCCUAAAAUGGAGUUUUAACCCUGAGAAAAACAUUCUCAUUUUAAAGGGCGUAGCACAGCAACCUGCAACAAUAUGUAAAAUCAAUAACACCGGCCAGGAAGCCACAGUCUGAAUUCCAGACUUGUUGAAGAAGACAUCAUCAUCAUAAUAACGGCAGAUCAUUUUUGUAUUCUCUUUCUCUCUCUUCAUCUUCGUGUGAAGCCAGUUCUAGAAUGUGUAAAAGUGAUAAUCGUGCUGUACGUGUAAAUGUCUUUAUCAACUAACUGCUGUAAAACUUUCUGAAAGUGAUUUUAGUGUCCAUUUAUUUAUAACCUCCACCGUGUGGUUGCCAGACAACUGGGAGUGACCUUCUGUAUCUCGUGAUCAUAUGGGUUUAAAAGUUUUUAGCCUUCGCACUGAGAGAGCGAUGGAAAAGUUUCCAAAACUUGUGAUUCAAUCCGAAGACAGGAAGCUGGAACUGUUUGUCCUUGGUGCCUUGCAGAGAGACUCACAGUGACUCUCCGUUAUAGCUUCGGCUCACUCUGGUUGUCCAGAGGCGGCCACAGCCGUGGCAGAGCUGGGGAAAAGACAGAAGCCACACUGGUGCUUUUGACGAGGUCAGUUGCCUGGUCCCUCUCUCCAAAAAGUUUCCUAAGCCAUUCCCGCUGUCCCUAUCCCCAAAGCCAACUUUAUAUCAUUGAAAACCGCUAUUUUCGCUUAUUUCUGGAAUGUUAAAAAAAUGUAUAAAAAGAGUUAGUGUAUGCUUCCUCAAUAAAAAAAGAAAAAAGAGAAAAAAAAAAGAGCCAAAGUUGAUCACGGUGGUCGU